AAUAAAAUUGUUAAAUAAUUUUAUUUUUUUCAAUUUUCUGAAAAAUAAAGCUACAGGCCCAAUCCAACCAACGGGGCAAAGGCCCAAGAGAUUAACGAAUAUUCACUUUCAGAAUUCAGACCUAGUUCCAUCUGGAACUAUCAUUUCCAAUUUCCAGAAACUUGGCAAAAAAUCAUCCAGAAGAAUCUAGAACCUACUCUCUCUUUAUCCCUCUUCACUUAUGUUCAUUGUUCACCACGCCCUUUCGAGUAUCCACAGUCAAGCUCAGCGUUUUUUCUCUCCCCUCUUGAAAUCAGAAGAAACCCUAGAUUACUCACUGCAUGACAGGUUGAAGGUUGAAACGGAGCAGACUAAACAUGUUCGGAGUGGUAUUUCCCAACCGAAGUUUCCCAAUUGACAUUUCUACCUUUUCCCAAAUUGAUACAUUCCAUUGGGUUCUUGAUAUGAACCAUUUUGUGGGAGAAGCAUAUGAUCAAAUCAAAGAAAUGUGUAUUUUCUUGCUCAACAGCUUCACCCUUCCUGCAGACAAAGCUUUAGCAGUUUAUGUUCAAUCCCCUGGUUCAGCCUUUGUGUAUUGCGGGGCUGUCACUAUAGCCCGUCCAUCUGCUGUUCUUUCUCUACUUUGGCCUGAGCCUGGAAGCCAAGGCCAGUUCCAGCUUACAGCUAAUGCUGUACCACUUUCUGCAAAGAUUGGGGUUUCUGUCCAAGAUUUGUCGUCCCUUCCAUCUCUUGACUUUGCUGCUGACAAGAAGAUUGAGCACACAGCACUUAAGGUUGGGGAGAAUCUCUUUAAUUUUAUGCAGUCAUUUUGUGGUGUGGAUGGUAGCAAAUUGAUUGUGCCCAUGGAUAUCUUGGAUCGAUGGUUCAAAAAGUUCCAAGAGCGUGCUAAGCGUGAUCCUGAUUAUUUGAAGGGUUUUACCUUGUAGUCCACUGAGAUAUUGAGGUAUUUCCGUAGAUUUGAAGCGAGUUACAUAGUUUUAUGGCUUUUGAUAUGGUGUUGUUUGUUUUGAAGUUAUAAUUCGAUUGUAGAAACUUUUUUUAAUUAUUAUUUAUAUGAAAUUUAAUUUUAUAUUUUGGGAUGA